CUCAUGACUGGACGUGUUUUAUAUGAGUGAAAGAUAUUGUGUUUAUAUUUAUUGUUAAAUGUUUUGGUAAUGAAUGACGAAAACGAGUCGCGAGAGAGCGUCGCCGCCGUCGACCACAAGCCGUCGGUCGUCGCGACCACCGAUCGCACCGAAGCCGUGCCCACCCGUGCGGUCGCCCCCCGAGGGACGGAGUACGGCAUGCUAUGGAGGCAUCUGUUGGCGGGCGGAGUGGCCGGUGCCGUCUCCCGCACGUGUACCGCACCAUUGGAUAGGCUUAAAGUGUUUCUACAAGUAAGAGGAGCUGAAUUUCACGGUCUGGGCAUUUGCCUGAAGCAUAUGCUGGAAGAGGGCGGUGUGGCCUCCCUAUGGCGGGGCAAUGGUAUCAAUGUGAUCAAGAUUGCACCCGAAAGUGCCAUCAAGUUUAUGGCUUACGAACAGGCAAAACGUGUGAUUAGAGGGAACGCCACCCGAGAACUAUAUAUUUACGAGAGGUUUUGCGCCGGAUCGAUCGCCGGCUGUAUCUCUCAAUCUGUGAUAUACCCGAUGGAAGUGCUUAAGACACGGCUGACACUGAGGAGGACAGAUCAAUACCAGAGUAUAAUGAGCGCCAUUAGGCAAAUACGCGCACAGGAAGGCGUAUUCAGUUUCUACCGGGGCUUUUUGCCCAACCUAUUGGGCAUUAUUCCAUACGCUGGCAUCGAUUUAGCCGUUUAUGAAACUCUAAAGAAAUUAUAUUUAAGGCAUUAUUAUGUGGAAGACGACGCGCCGGGAAUACUAGUGCUGCUCACAUGCGGUACAGUGAGCUCGACGUGCGGUCAGGUCUGCAGUUAUCCGUUAGCGCUGGUGAGGACACGAUUACAGGCACAGGUGGACAAGAAGUACACAAUGGUUGGCCUCUUUCGGGCGAUUGUCACUAAAGAGGGCUUUUUUGGUCUCUAUCGGGGAAUCACACCUAACUUUAUGAAAGUAGCGCCGGCUGUCAGUAUAAGUUAUGUGGUAUACGAGAACACACGGCGAGCGUUGGGCGCCUCGAUGUCCUGAUGAGUGACCGCCGCCUCUAUGACACGCGUUUAGACCAAAUAAUAAAUUUAAUAAUAUUUUUAACUUAUAUUUUUACUUAAAAAUUUAAUCCAUAAUUUUUGUUUGAAUUUCAGCCGCAAAUUCAACAUAAAUUUAUACAUAAAGUGC